CACCAGCAGACCGUCUUCACUGCGGAGUGCUCCCACCAGUUCCAUUCCCGCGGCUUCUCCGACUCAGGGAGCGCCCCGAACGCCCGGUGGCGCGAGCUGCCGUCCCUCCGCACCACGAACCCCUCGCCGCGCCAGCCGCCACCACCGCUGCCCGUCGCGCUGGCCGCGCCGGCGUCCCAGCCGUUCUUCCGGCCCAUGGAGCCGCGGGUGUUCGACGACGACGACCCGGUGGACAGGACGCCGCGGCCGAUGCGUGAGGACCCGCACCGCGGCGCAAGCGCGGCGGAGGCAUCCGGCGGAGGAGCGGUGGGGCUCGCCACGCACGGCGAGUACUCGGCCCUCGCGAGGGACGCGUCCGCCGACGACUUCGCAGUGCUGGUGCACGCCAGGGCACCCGGGAUCGCCGGGGCUGCGGCGCCGCGCGCGCCGCUGGACCUGGUGACCGUGCUCGACGUGAGCGGCAGCAUGGUGGGCACCAAACUCGCGCUGCUGAAGCAGGCCAUGGGGUUCGUCAUCGACAACCUCGGGCCCCGGGAUCGCCUCUGCGUCGUGUCCUUCUCCUCCGGCGCGUGCCGCCUCAUGCGGCUCGCGCGCAUGUCGGACGCCGGGAAGGCCCUGGCCAGGCGCGCCCUGGAGUCCCUCAAGGCUGGCGGCGGCACCAACAUCGGGGAGGCGCUUCGCCGGGCGGCCAAGGUGAUCGACGAGCGCAUGCACCGGAACGCCGUCGCCAGCGUCGUGCUCCUCUCGGACGGGCAGGACACGUACACCGUGCCGAGGCGCGGCGGCUACGGUGGCCGCGACUCCAACUACGACGCGCUCGUGCCGCCUUCCUUGGCGUUCGGCGGUGAUGGGAGGCGGUUGGCCCCCGUCCACACGUUCGGCUUCGGCACGGACCACGACGCGUCGGCGAUGCACACCAUCGCCGAGGCCACGGGCGGGACCUUCUCCUUCGUCGAGGACGAGGCAGCCAUCCAGGACGCGUUCGCGCAGUGCAUCGGCGGGCUCCUCUCCGUCGCCGUGCAGGAGCUGCGCGUGGACAUCGCGUGCGUGCACCCGGGCGUGCGCGUCCGCGCGAUCAAGUCCGGCAGCUACCCGAGCCGCGUCGACGCCGACGGCCGCGCCGCGUCCGUCGACGUUGGCGAGCUCUACGCGGACGAGGAGAGGCGCCUCCUGCUGUCCCUGCACGUGCCGAGGGCCCGCGCCGUGGACGACGCCACGCGCCUGGUCAGGGUGGCCUGCGCUUACCGCGACACGGCCACCGGACGGGGCAAGAGCGUCGCCGGCGAGGACGCGGUGGUGCUGAGGCCCUGGGGUGCCGUGACCGCGGGGCGCUCCGUCGAGGUCGAGCGCGAGCGCGUCCGGGCGGAGGCGGCGGACGGCAUCGCGGCGGCGCGGGCGGCGGCGGAGCGUGGCGCGCACGCGGAGGCGGUGGAGAUCCUCCGGAGCCGGCAGCGCUCCGUGGCGCGGUUCGCCGCGGCGCGCGCGGGGAACUCCACGUGCCUGGCGCUGUCGCGCGAGCUGCGGGAGAUGCGCGCGCGCGUGGCCGACCGGCAGCGGUACGAGCUGUCCGGGCGCGCGUACGUGCUCGCCGGGCUGAGCUCGCACGCGCAGCAGCGCGCCACGUCGCGGCAGAUGGUGUCCGGCGGCGGGGCGGAGGCGCUGGGCGGCGCUUGGGCAGCGGCGGAGCGCAGCGAGGCCUUGGCUACGGCGGGAGCCACGACGUCGUACAUGACGCCGGCGAUGUUGGACAUGCUGGACCGGUCGCGGAGGUCGCGGGAGCUGCUGCAUCGCCGCCAACAACCGACGCAAGAACGUAGAAGAACAUUUUGAGCGCACGGAGCAAGCAGAGCUUUUGUGAAUGUGAUGUGAUGCCUUCUGAUUGUUAAUUCCGACGAAAAGAGAAUCCAUUGCAAUAGAAGUUUAACAGAGCAGCAGAAGGUACAUAAAUAGUCUUUCAGAAAAAAAAUGGUACAUAAAUAGUCAUGGUGUAAAAAUAGAUGUAUGCCACUAUUAGCGAACAAGAGAGGCAGCGGCGGAGCUAGAAUUUUUGUAUGGAUAUGCUAAAUCAAAAGAUUCAUAUGCAAAUUGAUAAAAUUUAUUUAACAAUUUGGUAAAAUUUUAUAAA